UGUUUGUAUAUAUUACAAAGGCCUUCAAACAAAUGCGUUUCGCAAGAGGGAAAGAAGCUUCUACUGUUACGUACUACAUUCUCCUACUGCCGCGGAUAGCUGAUCAGCUGCGGCUUCUUCCCCUUCCUCGGAAAGCGAAUUAUUGAAAGCUUGUGUACAUUUCCACAUGAGAGGUGAAACGUGUAUAGAUAACAUUUCGAAAAGCAAAAGUACGAAACAUAUUUGAAAAUAAGGUAAACCUCGAGAGAGAAGAGAAAAAAAUUCCUCUAGUGUGGAUAAUAUAUUUGCAUACACAUAUAUUUGCCGGAAUUACAUUUGAUUAAUUGUUAAAAACCUGAAUUUUUUAUUCUAACGAGAGAUUGGCAAAGAAAAUGGGGCAAACUGUAGGUAGAAUGCCUGACACGUGGGAGGAACUCGUAGAAGAAAAAAAUCGUGUUUUACACUGGAGUUCCGAAAUAUUGGCAAAAGUGCAAGAUAAUGUUACGAACGAGGAUACAUUCUUAAUGGAUUACGAUGAUGAUAAAGUUAACACUAAAAUUGAUGUCUGGAUUAAAACUAAUCAACCACGGAUUGAUAAGGCAAUGAAUAAAUUUCCAAACGCACCGGAUCAAUUAAAAGAUACGGUCAGAAAUAAAAUUGAUAAGUUUGGUGAAGAAUUGCGCAUUAAAGUAUGGAAAGACUAUCAAAAUGCUUACAAGGACAUUAAACAUUUUAACAAGAAAGUUGAUCGGCUAGGUGAGAACGAAAGAAAAAUUCACGCCGACAUACAAGAACUGGAAAAGAAAUGCAAAGAAGUCCGAAAGUUUCAAAAGAAAUUUGGACCUUUGCGUGCAAAGGUUUUUGAUAACUUGAAAACCGGCGACAAAAUGAUGUUUCAAGACAAAAGAUUGAAAACAAACUUCGUCAAAAAAGUAUAUAAUAUUGAUCACAGAAGUUAUACAAAGUACUUGAAGCGAAUUGAUAAGUUGCUCAAGGACUUUGGAAAAAAGUGCGACGAACAAGAAAAGUAAAUAACGAAAUACAGGAAAAAUUCUUAUAAUACGGUACAUUCUGAUUUUUAUGUAUAUUAUCGAUUGGCACGUUUAUAAGGCACUUACGAAACUAUAUAAUACAGCAAACUUUUUUAAAUCAUUAUUUUAUGUUCCGAGGUUUUUGCAAGACCAUUACAUUUGAGAAAUGUUUGGCCGUGUGUCAUAAAUUUAAUCCAAGCAACAGGAGAGCACAGAACAUUGUUCCUUGAAUACUUUCGGUUUUCAGUAUCGUAUAUCUAGUUGUUCGAUCCGAACAAAAAGAAGAACGUUAUAACAAUAAAUCUUUCAUCGUAGUAGUAGUGGUGUUCAAGAGAGGAAAGAGAAAGAAAGAGAGAGAGAGAGAGAGGACAAAGAAGAAGAAAGAAAAUAGUUGAGAAACAUCCUCUACUUGACGAAAUCAGCGGUUCUCUUCUCUUUUGUUCUCUUUUGUUCGUCAAAUAGAACAUGUUCAAGGUUACAGGAAAUCUCAAAAUUAUUAGACCUGCGUACGUUCUUUUUUCUUAUGUAUUUUAGUUUACUUAAAAUUGUAUUAUAUCUUCCCAAAAUUUUUUG